GAAUUAAAGUGGUAUAUAUGUAAAAAAAUGCUUCCCCUCUGAUCUCUUCCUCUCGAUCCGACAAAGUUGAGAGAAUCAGAGCAGUAAACCUAAGUAGAGAGAGGGGGGGAGAGAGGGAGAGAGGGUUGGGAUUGUCGGAUUCGAUCUGGGAAUCAAGAAAGCAAUCGGAGUGAUGUAUUAACUUCGUUCGCUUCUUCUAUUUUCGACUGCGCUGUUCCAGAGAUUCGGAUGGCGGCGGCGGCGAUUGCUCGCCGGAGAGUAUGGAUGGCGUUGACAUCUUCAAGUAAUCAAAUCCGCGAGCUCUCAGAACUAGCCAAGUCGAAUGGAAAUGGGAAGAGGGCAUUUCUGGUGGAUACCCUGGGACUGGUGAGGAGAUUGGAAGGGCAGGGUGUGCCCUCAAAGCAGGCCGAGGCGAUUACUUCCGCCAUUACAGAAGUUCUGAAUGAUAGUUUGGAGAAUGUGUCGCAAUCAUUCGUGUCUAAUGGGCGCAUGCAGCUGAGUGAGAUGGCGCAAGAUGCUAAUCUCUCCAAGUUCAAGUCUGAGGUGCAGAGUUUACAGGAGCAUCAUUUUUCUUUGCUGCAACGUGAAACUGAAAAGCUCAAGACGGACAUCGAAAAGAUGCGCAGCGAGCUCAGGUAUGAAGUUGACAAAGUGACUGCAGGACAUCGUUUAGAUUUAAAUCUUGAGAGAGGGCGCUUGCGCGACGAGCUUGCCAAACAGAGUGCUGAGACAUCCGACCUUACUAACAAGCUUGAUCGAGAAAUUCAUGCCUUGAAGGCGCAAUUGGAGGCUGCUAAAUAUGAUGUAAUAAAGUACUGCAUUGGUACUCUGGUUUCAAUAUCUGCUGUUGGACUGGCUGUGAUCCGAAUUCUCAUGUAGCACCUUUUAAAAAAAAAAAAAAAUUAUUUAUUUAUAAAUGGGACGAUGGUAAAAUCAAGAUGAUGAGAUACUGAAAUGUUUUCAUUCUUUCUGGAAUUUAUGGAUACUAGAAGGCUGUAAUUGUAACAUUUUGCAGAAUUGUUUUCCUCUUCUUUGUUUAGAUGAAGAAGGAUGGUGAAAUUCAGUAAUGGUUUUCGUUGGGUUUCAUUGUUGGACAUUUAAAUUUAGGGAUAAUUUCAUACAGAGCACCCGAGAC